AGAAAAGAGGUUGGUGAUUGGUGGUAAAAGGAGAGAGAGAGAGAGAGACAGAACAACAAAUCUUCCUUCCUUCCUUCUUCCCGUCCUUCGAGACGGUCUUCAUCCAUCUUCCUUCCCCUUAAUCCUCAGGUACUCUCUCUCUCUCUCUUGAUCCAUUCUCUUUCCAUUCAAUUCACCCUCAGAUCCUUCAAAUUUUGGAAUUUAAACACUACACUACAAUGCAAUUCAGUUUUUGUUUUUUGGAUCGAGGAACGGUUAUCGUUUUGUGAUUUAUGAAUUGGUCGAUCUGCAUUUGAAUCUUAAGGUUCCUGAUUUAUUUUAUGAAACAUGGAUGGAGUUCUUUUCUGGUCCAGCUGCCACAAGUAUUGCUUGUUUUCAUUACAAAAAAUGCUCAACUGGCGAUUCCUCAUCCUUGGAGAAUUUAUUCCGGUUUCCUUUGUUAAUUCCACUUAGUUGUGUGUUCUCCUUUAAUGGUCAGCACAGUGUGUGUGAUGCUUGUUUUUUCUGAGAGAAGUGCUGCAUCUUUAGGGAAAGUGUACAAUGCAUUGCUGACCCAACAUCCAGUUGAAACAUCUGAACAAUCCACUUCUGGGGAAUGAAGUAGAUAAACUGGUGUCUGAUACUGCCUGCAUCUUUAAUGUUGGAUAAGCAAUUGCAUUGAAACAGUGCAGAUUAUAGUUUUAAAUAAUUGUCUCGUUAUCCUGUUGGGUUUUGCUGAUGAGAAAACAUCUUUUACCUGAAAUUUCUUUAAUAACGCCUACGUAGACUAGAUGAAGUGGCUAUUAUUGAAGUUCUGAAGUGUUGGGUUACGGUGAUUUUGGCUAGAGUUUAUCUUGUAGCUUUGGUCAAUCAUUUCGGUUAGACCUAGGAAUUGCAAUUAUGAUCUCCAGUAAUUAUUCAUUUCUACCUCCUACGACCUUCUACCAUUACAAAGCCACAGGUCUAUUAAAGUAUUGAUCAAUAAGGCUUUGCAGCCCUUCCAUCAGAAAGUUUCUGCUUUUUGCCAAACAAAGAAUUGACUGUGGAGUUUGGCAAUUUGCUGGACCAGCAGAUAUCUUUAACACUUUAUACUCCUUUCUCAGCAUUGUCUACUAGAGUUAAAUAUCACCUAUCUUUUGAAUAAAGAGCUGCUUUGGGUUCAGUUGGAACAAUGGAAAGGUACAAAUUAAUUAAGGAAAUUGGUGAUGGAACAUUUGGGAUUGUCUGGAGAGCCAUUAAUAAGCAAAGCGGCGAAGUUGUUGCUAUCAAGAAAAUGAAAAAGAAAUAUUACUCUUGGGAGGAGUGUGUAAACCUGAGAGAAGUCAAGUCAUUACGAAAAAUGAAUCACUCGAAUGUCGUGAAGCUGAAGGAAGUUAUUCGAGAAAGUGACAUUCUGUACCUUGUUUUUGAGUACAUGGAAUGCAACCUCUACCAACUUAUGAAAAAAAGGGAAAAGCUGUUUUCUGAUGAUGAAGUUAGAAAUUUGUGCUUUCAAGUUUUCCAAGGUCUUGCAUACAUGCACCAGCGUGGAUACUUCCAUCGUGAUCUAAAGCCUGAAAACUUGUUAGUCACCAAGGAUAUUAUUAAAGUUUCUGAUUUCGGCCUAGUGCGAGAGAUCAGCUCACAACCACCCUAUACUGAGUAUGUCUCAACACGGUGGUAUCGUGCUCCUGAAGUCCUGCUUCAGUCUUCCCUUUAUAGUUCCAAAGUUGACAUGUGGGCUAUGGGUGCUAUUAUGGCUGAAUUGUUCACUCUCCGUCCUCUAUUUCCGGGUACCAGUGAAGCAGAUGAGAUCUACAAAAUUUGCGGUGUGAUAGGUAGUCCAACUGCUGAAUCUUGGGCUGAUGGACUCAAACUUUCUAGGGAUAUCAACUAUCAGUUUCCACAGGUAGCUACUGCAGAUCUCUCUGUACUUAUACCAUCCAGAAGCGAUGAUGCAAUCAACCUUAUCAAAUCACUUUGUUCAUGGGAUCCCUGCAAGAGACCUUCUGCAGCAGAGGCCCUUCAACAUCCUUUCUUCAAGAGUUGCUUUUACAUUCCUCCAUCGCUUCGCACCAAAGGAGUAACAAGAACUCCUCCAUCUGCAGGAAUAAGGGGAUCGGUAGAUCGGCAAGGGGUCAAGAGAUAUUCUGGUGGAUUGCUCAAUUCGAAAUUGACCACUAAUUUUUCUUCCAACAAAUUACAUCCUGCUUUAGCUCCAGGUGUGCAAAGGAAACUGGAUAUGGCAAACGAGGAUGGAACUAAAAAUAAGAAAACAGUGAAGACUACUCAACCAUCAAAAUAUCGACCGCCAGGAAAAGACAGUCCGACUUCUAUAAACAAGGGCAGAACUGCUCGUGGUGUUUCAGAAACAGCCAACAAGUUGGCCAACAUGUCAAUUGCUACUCGAAGACAGUCAUUGGGUCAAACCCGUCCACCUCCAAUGAAGGCCGGAGUUAACUGGACUUCUGAAUCUGGAAACAUUCUGCUCAGGUCCUCCCACCCGAUUCCAACUGGAAGAACUUUCACAAAAAAAGUUGCUGGAUGAGAUGACAAGUAUUUGCUUGCUUCGGAAAUUCUUUGAUGGUCAACAUUUUGAAUGUAGAGUACAAAUAUUUCAAGAAUAUGUCUGUUUGCACCUGUCCCGAUGGCUUUGGUGAAAUCUAACAUACUAUUCCUGCUUUUGUUACCGUUAAAUGUUUUAUCAUAUAUCUUGGUAUAGUAUGUCUGUGACAUGAUACACCAAAUCCUGUUAGGCAGUUAUGAUGUUGCUUUUUAAUCUUCAAUGAUGUUUUAUCUUUGUGUAGUAUGACAUGGUACACCAAAUCCUGUUACACAGUUAUGCAGUGGCUUUUUAAUCUUCAAUGCAUUUCAAUAUUAUAGAAUAUUCAA